GCCACGCACGGGGACGAAGAGCAACCAAACGAUCGAGAAGCGAUCGAUCGCGUCUUUUCGAUCAGAAGAUCAGCGCUGAUAGAUGGCGCACGGGCAGGAGUCGUCGCCGACGCAGGCCGCCGGCGCCGGGGCCGCAGCGCACUGCGCAAACGGCUGCGGGUUCUACGGGAGCGCGGCGACCAAGAACAUGUGCUCCAAGUGCUACCGCGACCACCUCAAGGCCACCCACACGGCUGCCCCCGGCCCCGCCGUCGAGGGGAAGACGAUGGUCAAGGCCGACGACGUGGCCAGCCUCGCCUUCAGCCUCAAGACGUCGCUGAGCCUGCAGGAUCACUCUGCAGCUGGUGCUGCCGAGGCGCCGGUCGCCGAGACACCGGCGGCCGAGGCACCGACGAAGAAGCCGACCAGGUGCAUGGCGUGCAAGAAGAAGGUGGGGCUGCUGGGGUUCGCGUGCCGGUGCGGCGGCACCUUCUGCUCGCUGCACCGCUACGUGGACGGGCAUGCGUGCGGCUUCGACUACAAGAAGGCCGGCCGUGAGAAGAUCGCGCAGCAGAACCCUCUAGUCAUGGCACCCAAGAUCGACAACAAGAUUUGAAGGCGGAAGGAGUUCAAAAGCAUGUAAAGAGUUUUUUUUUCUAGGGACAUGUACAUAUAGUUACCGUCUCUCCUCUUUAUUAGAUCUUUAACGUACGCACUGGCUCUUUAAGUUGAAGAGAGUUGAUGUUGAUCUUUCUUGUUAGUAGUCAUGUAUUCAUACAGAUUGGUGUAAAGGCGUAUCAUCGUGUUAUUUGAUCUUUCUUGUCCAGUUUUGAAAGCUUAGGGUUUGUAAAUUAGCGGGUUCAUAGUUUAGGGUUGUAUUUAAAACUUUCUUGUAUGGACUAACGAUAUCUGCUUAUCAUCCGAUGCCUU